GCCCCGGGGCGGCUCGCGGAAGCGGCCCGGUCAGGGCAGCGGCGGCGACUCCGCGGCCGCGCGGCUCGGGUGAAGCCGCCGUGGGCCUCAUCUUCCGGCGGCCGGUGGAGUUCGUGGUGAUUGUUGCCGCCCUCCGCCCCGGCUGCCAUCUCCUCCUCUUCCUCCUCCUCCUCCUCCUGGGCCGGGCCGGUCCCCUCCCCGCGGCCGCCUCCUCCUGGGCUGGGCCCGCGGCGUCUCGUCCCCUCGCGGAGCCGCCGCCGCCGCCGCCUCCUCAUUCAUCCUCGUGCACCAUAGGCGGCACAGGCACCAAGAUGUCCAACCGAGUGGUCUGCCGGGAAGCCAGCCACGCCGGGAGCUGGUACACCGCCUCAGGACCUCAGCUGAAUGCCCAGCUAGAAGGUUGGCUUUCACAAGUCCAGUCUACGAAAAGACCUGCUAGAGCCAUUAUUGCACCCCAUGCAGGAUACACGUACUGUGGGUCUUGUGCUGCCCAUGCUUACAAACAAGUGGAUCCAUCUAUUACCCGGAGAAUUUUCAUCCUUGGGCCUUCCCAUCAUGUGCCCCUGUCUCGAUGUGCACUCUCCAGUGUGGAUAUAUAUAGGACUCCUCUGUAUGACCUUCGUAUUGACCAAAAGAUUUACGGAGAGCUAUGGAAGACAGGAAUGUUUGAACGCAUGUCUCUGCAGACAGAUGAAGACGAACACAGUAUUGAAAUGCAUUUGCCUUAUACAGCUAAAGCCAUGGAAAGCCAUAAAGAUGAGUUUACCAUUAUUCCUGUACUGGUUGGAGCUCUGAGUGAGUCAAAAGAACAGGAAUUCGGAAAACUCUUCAGUAAAUAUCUAGCGGACCCUAGUAAUCUCUUUGUGGUGUCUUCUGAUUUCUGCCAUUGGGGUCAAAGGUUCCGUUACAGUUACUAUGAUGAAUCCCAGGGGGAGAUUUAUAGAUCCAUUGAACAUCUAGAUAAAAUGGGUAUGAGUAUUAUAGAGCAAUUAGAUCCUGUAUCUUUUAGCAAUUAUUUGAAGAAAUAUCAUAAUACUAUAUGUGGAAGACAUCCCAUUGGGGUGUUAUUAAAUGCUAUCACAGAGCUUCAGAAGAAUGGAAUGAAUAUGAGCUUUUCCUUUUUGAAUUAUGCCCAGUCGAGCCAGUGUAGAAGCUGGCAGGACAGUUCAGUCAGUUAUGCAGCUGGAGCACUCACGGUCCACUGAAGCUCCGAUCCUCAGGGAUGCUACCCGCACAGACGCGUGCUCUGUCCAGGGUCCAGCCUAGCCUUUACCAAGGUGUUGGUUCUGGUGUGGGGGGAUUCUGAAACCUCAGACUAAUAGAACUCUCUUCUUUUCUAGUAGGUGUAGUCCUCCUUAAUUUCAACUCAUUUUAAAAUGCUUUCUAGUUUGGGGCAGUGGAAGGAAGGCUGGGAUCAAAAUAUUUGCCCAAUUGGCACACAGCGACUUGUAAAGCAUUUAGCAUAUCUGGAAUUUGCACUCUUUGCAGACUCAUGCACAUAUAUUCCGCUUUCAGAAUAGUUUUGCAAAUUGUACACAGACAAAGGAUGGAAGCUUUUUAAUAAAAGAAAUUGCAUUUAUAAAUGAUCUGUAUUAGAAUAUAAGAAAUCUCCAGUUAUAGACAAUUACUACCCAUGUUGUACAACAGAUACCUUCUAUUUUAGUUGCUAAUAAAGGGCUACACAACUCAAAA